GCGUAAGGAUGGCGGACGGCAUUGUGUUACCAGCGGGUUUCAGGGCUGGCGAGCGCUGGUCGGGCUGUCACAGCGGCUACCACAGAGCUCGACACAAUUCGAUUUCUCUCACCACUCAUCAUGGCGCGGCGCGAGGGCUCGUCAGCGGAUUGGAUGGCGGAUCUCGAACGCGCCUUGCGCUCCACGCAGCCUGCCGUCCAGCACCACGGCAUAUUGGCAGCCGGCCCUGCACUAGCCGAUUGGGCCACAUGGCAGCAGCAAGGGAGGAGGGCAAGGGGGGGGGGGAAGAGGAAGAGGGAGGCGGAGGAAAGCAGAAAGCAGCAACAAGCCCCUGAGUCGCAUGGUGUCGUGGCGCGAUUCAAUUCGCUGGUACUGCGUCUGGCCGAUGCCUUCAGCAGCAGCAGCAGCGCCACCCGCCUCUGCAUUCUCAAGCUCCUCCUCCUCCACCUCACCACCGCUGCCUCCCCUCCCCCUCCUGCCACUGCUGCUCGUGCCACGCUAGCUGCGUCCGCUGUUUCCUCCCCAUUUCCUGCUGCCUGGAGGAGAGAACAAGAGAGCUCAGGUAUGCCUGACGUCAGCAGCAUGUGUGACGUCAGCCUGCUACAGUGGCGGUGGAGGAGGGAGGGGGAACGAAGGGGUGGUUUGUGGAGGGGAAGGGGAGCAAGGGGCGGAAGGGGUGGAGGAGGUGACUUGGAAGGGAGAGAGGAAGGACAGAACAGGAGGCAGUGGUUGAGAUGUGCCGAGCGAGCGGGAGUGAGCGUUGGGUGCGAUCCGUUGAGGAGAAUGCAAGGAGAUGAAGAUUGGGAGGAGGGGUGUCAUGGGGAGGCAGAGAAGAGAGGUUGGGAUGAUGGUACGGUGGAUGAGGGUGAUGAUGAUGCUGACGUGGGCGGAAACAGCGCCAGCAGCACUGAUGAGAGUGGGGAUGGCAGCGCCAGCAGCACUGAUGAGAGUGGGGAUGGCAGCGCCAGUGGCAGUGAUGGCGCAGAUGCUGACACUUGUGAUGCUGCUGAUGAUGGCGAUGACGAUUGGGCAGGGGUGUUGACUCCUCGGAAGCUGUUGAACCCAAACCAAGUCAUCACCCGCAUUGCCCCUCUGCUCGCCCGCUCCUUCCCCUCUUCAGCCACAGCCACAGCCACAGCGGCAGCGGCAGUAGCAGCAGGCACAGCAGCCGCCGUGCCUCAGAGCUCCCCUGCGCCCCCAUCCUCACACGCUGCAAGUGCUGUUGAGCCCCUUGACGCCCUUCAAUCCAGGUGCCUCGCGCUGCGCCUGAUUGGCUGCUUGGCUCCGCUGGCUGCUGGCGUGGCACACGUGCAGGAGAUGGUGGUGCGGGCGAUGAUGGGCGCAGAGGGGAGGGAGGAGCGCCACGCAGCUCUCUUUGCUCUCACAUUCCUCUGCGAUGUCUCUCCGCCCUUCGCCCUCCACACUCUCCCCCUCCUCCUCUCCCUCACUCUCCCCUCCUCCCCACCGCCAUCCCUGCCCCUCUCACUCAUGAGGACUCUGCUGAACCCGCCUCAGCUGCUCCUGCAGCGCGCUCAGCUGCAGCAGUCAGGGCAGAGGGCGCAUGGGAGGGAAUCUGGUCAGAAGAGAGUGACAAGCAGAGAGCCCCAGGGCACGACGAGCAUGCCACAGCCGCAAGAGAAGCCGCUAGGACAGCGGCAAGCAAGAUUCCACUCCCCAUCUCCAUCGCUGCUGGCGGCAAUGCACAUGCCUUGUCUAGCAACUUCCUCUCUCCUGCCACGUGUCAGCAGCCCACUGGCUCGGUGGAGGGGGGGUGAGGAGGGGGAGGAAGGAGUGCGGGUGCGAGUGGCAGCAGUGGUGCUGAAAUGCAUGGCGGGGCAUGAGGAGAGGGCUGUGAGGCGUCUGGCAUGGCAGGUUGCAGCCUGCUUGCUCUCUGCCUUCCCCUUUGCCCCGUGGUCCCCGUUGCUUCGACCAUGGGUGAGCGCGCUGCAAGCAGAGCUACACUUCUGAGCCAGUGCUUACAGCAACCUAAAAAAACCGUUCCCUUAGACUCUGCAAACAAAAUGUACCUGCUUUCUUCUUUGGGAAUUCCACGAUUUUUUGGCUGCUUUUUGUAUGAUAGAAGUCAUUUGGAGUGUCGACCCUUUGAAAGGUAAUGCUGAAAGGUCACAUAACUGGUAAUCACUGUUGGAAAUAUCUCAAAGGACUUAAGCGUUUCUGAAGUGUAACACUGUACUCGAGGAAGAUUACAGGGA